GACUCCUUUCUUCUGCGGGUUUGAGGGAGCACAAACUUUGUUGACCCGUUUGCUAUGUAGCUCACUUGGCUUUACUCACCGUCCCCAACAGUCUCUUCCCCUCAUCGAUAGGGGACACGUGUCUCUGUUCUAGAAACAUUGAGAAGAAACCAGUCCACGCGCUUUCGUGCUUCUAGAAACUUUCUCUACAACUCUCGGCUCACUUUAGCGGCCCCUAUAUAUUUAACAUUCAGAUCUUUUCAUACUCUAAUGCCUUGCAAUUAAUACUCUCUGAUUUCAAUUUGCGGCGCUAUAUUAGUGAAGUAUCUGAAGAAUUCAUUUUGCCUACCAAAUAUGAGCACAUCCUACAAACAACCCGCAGACAAUCCAAAGAGCCGCCAGUUUAAAGGAGUCCGACAGAGAAAAUGGGGAAAAUGGGUGUGUGAAGUACGAAUUCCCAAUUGCAAAGGGAAGAUUUGGCUGGGCUCGUAUAAAACCGCAGAGCAGGCAGCCCGUGCUUUCGACGCCGCCACUUACUGUCUUCGGGGAGCUGGUGCGAAAUUCAAUUUCCCCAAUUCCAUACCCGCCAUUCCGUCUGCAUCGUCUCUUUCCCCUCAGCAAAUUCGGCUCGCCGCAGCCAAUCAUGCCCUGGCCCGAAUUCCUCGUACGGAUAACACCAGCAAUCUGACUGAGAAGGCCGUUUCGCCGUCAAGAUCUUCCCUUGUUCCAGAAACGACCAAAGAUUCAAUUGACGCCAUUGAACUCAUCUCCAUGGAGCUCGACCCUGCAAUGUGGGAUUCCUUGUUGGCGGAUUCAGACUGCAAUCAGUACUUCAAUGUCAUGAAUUUCCCGUUUCCUGACGCAGUGGCGUCACCGAAGGAAGAACAGGGCUCUGUUUUGUUGUGGGAUUUGUGAGGAAAAAACAGAAGGGGAUUUCUUUUGAAUGUUCUGUUUCACCAUUUCUAGAUACAAAUGCACACAUGGGCACUUGUGAACGCCAUCAUUUUUUCAUAAAUCUCUGUUAUGGAAUUGGAUUUGUAUUUCUAAAUAUUUCACCAAAAGUAGUCCUCAAUACUGAUCUCCGCCCAAAAUUUUAUAGGCGCUGGGGAAGAGCACUCGUCCUAUUGUGGGACAGAAAGGAUCAUUAUUAUUUUUAUUUUUUUUAA